AUGUCGCCGACAACAAGAGUACAAUAUGGAGGAACCAAAGGGAAAACGUGGAACAAUCUUGCUCCGGAAAUCCAUGAAAGUCUACAGAGGAUCUAUGAAUCGGAAAAGUACCCUAGUGCGGAACGGAAAGAGAAGAUCGCCCAGUACCUGGGACUGGAUGUGAACCGCGUGAGUUCGCCUUUGAAUAUUAUCCGAUUACAGACAUCUUUUCAGGUUGAUCGUUGGUUUGAAGGCAGAAGAAACGUGACCAGAAAGGAGAAUUCGGCGGGAUUGAAGGUCCUUCAGCGGGCGUACGCAAAUGAUUUCUAUUGUGAAGAUCAGAUAGACGAGCUCGAAUUGCAGUCGCAGUUUCCAAGACACUUUGUAAGUUGUAUCAGUAGCUUUCAGUUUAUCUCAUCCUUUCUUACAGAUCAGGGGAUGGUUCACAAGGGCUCGUGCGGCCGACAUUCGCAAGGGAAAACGGGUUCCGGAGCCGACGGGAAAAGCGGCGAUAUGGGCGAGAGCGACGAACAACAAACGAAAGUCGCGGCAGAGAUUGCGGAUGGCGGACGGACAGAAGAAGGGAACGGACGCGACGGAGGAGGAGGAAGUGGAAGAGGUGAACUACAAUGAUAUGGAGUACUAUGGGUACGGGGAAGGCAACUCGGAGGGACAGCCUUCGCAAGAUUACUACAUGGACGGCGAUCAAGACGAGCGGAAUCGUGAGAGCUCGAGUUCAAGCUCUGCAAAUGUGACGGGGAAGGCAAAUUCACAAGAGCCGGUGUACGAUGUUGAUGAAAUGGUUGACUAUCAACCGAGCAUCACGUGCUUGGAGCACAAGCAACAAUCACAGCUCCUUUCGACUCCAAUCAAGGUGAGCAAGAAUUGAACGGAGCAUUAAGAAAUGUUUUGUUCUUUCAGCUCGAGCCGUCUGUCGAGGUUUACAUGAAGCCAGUUUCUGCCGUCGUCACUCGGGAGCCUUCGGUUGUAGCUGUGGAGAAGGAGAAACCGAAGCAACCGGUUUUCAUUAAACCGCCUUUCAUCGAGGUGCGCUUUGAAGAUUUUGGGGUCUUUCAGAUCUUAUAAAAAGUUUUCAGGAUGGACACGACUACCUCUUCCUUCCACCGAACGGAAACAACAAUUGGCGGAGUUGGUCGGUGAGUAUUCACUUUACAAUUAAUCACUCGGUUCGACCAUCCAGGCAUCCGUAGAAAAAGUUCCAAAACAUGCACUGCGCUCCAAUUCCAAUACAAAUCGACAAUAUUUGCAGGCGCAACAAGUGACCGCCUGGGCGCGCAACUUCCUUCCCGAGGAGGCCGUCGAAGUGCUCAGCGAGGAGAAGAUCGAUGGAGACGUGCUGAAAAAGUUUCUGAAAGGAGAACGAGUGUGGAAGGACAUCGGACUGAAAUACGGAGACUUUCACCACAUUCAGAAGUACUUGUUUACAGUCGAGAAUAGCUACAAUGGAUAUUGAUAUUUCGAAAAUUCUGUAAAAUAAAGCGAAAUGCUCUUGAAACGCGCGUGAAUUCUGUGCUUUCCGCAAAAAGUGCGUCGAAGUGAUUGCAGAUUGGAGCCGUGUACUUCUCUCGGAAAAGCUGGGACUCGCAACGAUUUCAGUUUUUGUCGCGAAAUAUCCCGAUUAGACUUUCGUUUUCUCUUGUUUUCUCCUCAAUUUCUCGAAAUUUGUCGAAAAGUACUCUCAAAAUGCCGUUUGUUGCUGCUCCGAUUUGUUCUCCUGACAUUCUCCCCCUAAUUUUGGUUUUGUUCCCCCGUAAGUUUUGGGCCCUGAUUUGCUUUUUUGAAAUUUUUUCGCAAUAAAUGUCUUUUCUCCUAUCGCGUUCAUAUUUGUGUUUGUUACGCUGUUAAUUUCCCGUUAAUUGUUUUUAUUUAUUCUGCCGCGUGAUGCAUUUGAAAACGUGUAUUUUUACAGUCAGAAUGGCCAAAAUCAUGAAGCCUGGAAAGGUCUGCCUCGUGCUCCGAGGUAGAUUCGCUGGACGCAAGGCUGUCGUUAUCAAGGCUCACGAUGACGGAGCGUCGGACAGAACCUAUCCGCACGCCGUCAUUGCCGGAAUCGACAGAAACCCGCUGAAGGUAAUCAAAGUCAUUUUUCAGGUUUCAUUCCAAUUUCCAUUUUUUUUCAGGUGAACCAAUCCAUGGGUAAAAAGAAGAUCGCGCCAUGA